CACACACACACACACACACACACACACACACACACAUUACUAUAAAAAACAGACAAAGUCUAGAGAACAAUUACAGCAGGAACUGACAUUACCUAGCUCCAUGAAACCUAAACAUAGUAUGUAUGUCCUCAUACUAUAUUUAACUACAUACAGUGUAAGUCACCCGUUGAGACACCUCCCCCUUACCCCCAUAAUGCACUUGUCCAGACCACCUCAGUCCUUGGAAAAGACGGGUCACAUUACUCAGUCUGUUCUACUUUAUAUCCUCUGAAGGAUCCAUAUACAACCAAAGUCACCUACAGACACCUCCAAAGCACAGGUAAGGCCCUCCUUGCUCAGAUGUGUGUAUUUAUAGGCGUACAAAUGGAGAGAGCAUUUGAAUGAAUCUGACUCUUGACCUACACUCAUCAGUAUCUGCUAUAUUGCACUUGUACUAAUGUAGGGGAAAAAAAUUCAACUCAUACACUGAAAACAUCAUUAAUCAUAUCAUAGAUAAUUAAGAUAGUUUUAUCAUUUGUAAUUAAAUGCUACAUUGUUUUCUGCUUUAGCCUUGCUGCACUUUCUGUAACUCUGAUCAAUCUAAUUCUCCAUUUUUUGCUUAUGUGUAUGGUGAAAUUCUGCUUAGGUUUAUUUGUUGCAUUUCCUACUUUGAACAGGGUUCCAGACCUAAAACAAUGAUUCUCUUUCUUUAAAAUUUUCAUAAAGCCAUAUUUCUCCUAUUUCUGUUGGCGUGGCAUCCUUGGUCUGGGAAAUCUCAACUUAAGUAUGUUCAGACAGUCUUAGUUGGGGAUAUGGGAUCAUAAUAGCAGUGUGGAAAUGAUACAUAGAGACAGUGUUUCACUUCUCUUUAAUUUAGAAACACUUCAUCAGAUUCACCAGCCAAGUGUAAUGUUUAAUGUUGAAUGUUGUGUCUCUUUAGAUAUAUUCAGGACCAUUCAGGUUUAUAGGCAUUUUGAGUGAGUGUCUGACACAGCAUUUUGUAUUUGUAUUUAAUGGCUCAACAUUUUUAAGGGAUGGGCUAACUUUAAUUUUUAACUACAUACUGUAAAUCACAUGAACAGGGUGUGAAAAUAACCAUUGUGAAUUGUUUCAGUCUUUGAUAUAGAGAACAUGGAAUUAUAUAAUAGUAUAUGCAUGUAACUGCUUUUGUUUCUACACAGGACACAAUGUCACAGCACUCUUUAAUGACAGUAAGAGAGAGGAAAAUGCAGGCAGCGGCCAUUUGCAGAGAAAUUCAAGGCACUGAUGAGAUGGACCUGGGCCGAAAGGUGAACACACCUAAAGAAAUCAUGCUAGAAGAACUCUCUUUAGCUUCAAACAGGGGAUCUCGGCUCUUCAAGAUGCGCCAGAAACGCUCAGAGAAAUACACAUUUGAUAGAAUCCAGAAUGUGUCUAUUCGUAUGAAUGAUGGUGUGAUUCCUCCUGCACCAGGUAUUGAAAACACAGCUAUGAAAACUGAAGUAAAUGGUGUUGAAGUUGACCAAGCAUCAAAAACUCCUCCAAACACCCCUGACUCACACAAUAUACACAAUCCUGACUUUAUAGCCCCAGGUUAUGGUGGUCCACUGAAGGAUGUUCCAGCAGAGAAAUUCAACCGCACAGCUGUUCCAAAGUCCUACCACUCUCCCUGGGAGCAGGCUCUCUUCAGUGAUCCCUCUUUAGCUGACACGCUGCAUUUACAAUUGCCUGAAUCUGAGCCUACACCUGAGAUCCCACAGUACAAGAGCUUUAAUCGGAUGGCAACUCCAUUUGGUGGCUUUGGAAAUGCCCCUAAAGCCCCAGUCAAGUCAGUUGAAGUUAACAUUCUCCCAAGUGCCUCCAGUCUUCCACCCCCAGAAGUUGCAGCUGACCUCCCACUCUUGCGACCCUCCUUCAACAGGACAGCUCUAGGCUGGGUGACUGAUAAUGCCCCUCUGAUCCAUGCCUCUGCCUCCCUGGAGCCAAAAUCAUCCAAGCUGGCAAUGUUUAUCCCUGAAUCUGACGAACUUUAAGUACUUACAUUGCUAAUGUGAUAAAUAUGAAGUUAUACUGACUUUCUAUGUAUAAGUCUUAGUUAUUUUAAAGAAAACCAUUGCUGUUAUCACAUAAUUUCAGAAUUAUGUAAUAUGAGUUUUCCUUUAUAUAUAUAAAGAAAUAUUUGUUUAAUUACACUAUAAUUUAAAGCUGUCCCAUAAAGUAUUACCUAUUCUAUUCUAUUAUAUUUAAAUGUAAGCCCUGGAAAGAAAUCUUACAUUAUGUGUAAUUUUUGACCACAUGUUAAAAUCAUGUGAAAGUGAUUUACAAAUACAUGAUUCCCAAUUAGCACAUGGGAACAAACACAUGUGAGUGACAAAAGUAAAAACAACACUUCAUGUGUAAAAUUAUCAUGUCACAGUAAACGAGUGUAUAUAUACUUGUAAAGGAAGAUGCAGUGUGAAGAAGAAUGGUUUUUUUAUUAUUAAAUUUAAAACUUCUGGAAGUGCUGCCAUGAUAGCAGAGGAAUCAUGUUCUUGCUGUCAUGCAGCUGGGUGAAUAGAUGGCUCCAGGAUGCACUAUGGAUAGAAGGCAAGUCAGUGAAGACAGUCUGAUGCUCUGGGCAAUGUUUUGAUAGGAAACCUUUCCUAGCUUUUCAUGUAUAUGCUACUUUUACAUGAUAUUUGCAUGAUAUAACCAAGCUACUUGUUGCAGACCAUAAAAUAUUAUUAUUAUUAUUAUUAUUAUUAUUAUUAUUAUUAUUAUUAUUUACAAAUAAUAAAAGACAAGGCAUUUGUUCAGAAAUGUGGCCUGUUUAUAAUGUGACUAGAAAGAACAGGUAAAAUGUACACAACCAUUUAAUAGUUGUGUAAUGGUGAAUGGUUUUGAUAUGAACAACAUACAGCUGCUCAAAUUAGUUGCACUGUACAUCUUAAGUCAACAUGUCUUUUCAAGGUUACAAUCUCCAGACCUGACAAACCAUAUCUGUUUUACUCAGAGGAUGGGAUAAGUGACAUGUCUCUUGCCUUUUGGCUACACUGCUGUCUCUUUCAUGCAGUCAGGCUGACAGUGAUGUGUUCAGUGCACUGUUCAUUUUUUUUCAGGAGAUCAAUGCAGAUUUAUAUAUUUGUGAUUGUGUGUUGAUUGUCAGUCUGUAAAAACAGUUUCUUUAUGUAAUUUACAGUCAUUUCUGAGUUUUUCUUUUUGAUUUUACAUUAACACGAGCAUUUUAGUUUCCCUUGGUGGUUUCAGAGUAGCACCAGCUACUCUUAACUUACUUUAAGCUUUAUAAGUGAAAUUGGCAAACCAGCAUAUUUCCUCAUAAGCUACUUUUCCAUUUAAAUUUUGGAAUUUCGCAUUAUACAUUGCUAUGAGUGCAUGUCUAUGUUAAUAUACAUUCAAGUAAGACGGAGGCUUUAAAAUUAUAUUAAAUCUAUCUGGGAUUGAUCUGCAGACUAUGCUGUUUAGUUGAUCUAUAGAUGCAAUUGAGAAAAUGUAAAAACUUUUUAUUACAUGUUAAACACAUUGAACACCGGAUUUAAUUUAGUGCAGCUCGACGACAUAUCCAUCUCAUGGGUGAACAAGUUCUUGCUGGAUAGAUUCCAACCAAUUAGCCUGGGACUCCCUGCAUCAAAGAUAGUAGAUUGCACAUUCAUCUAACCAGACUACAAAUAAUCUUCUUUGAGCUGAUGUGUGAUUGAUGCACAAGCUCAUAUCAUAUGAUCUACUGUACCAUAACACACACACACACACACACACACACACACACACACACACACACACACACAUACACACACACACGCACACAGACUACAACACAUACUAGGCAUGCUGAUGUUGAUCUAAUUGCUAGCAAUUAAAAGUUUGAGGUUGUGAUGUCAGUUUUCAGCCUUAUUCUUAAAAGCAGGCAAAAUACAAAUAAAGUCUUAUUAUGUCUCAUUAUCUAAAUAAUUACUAUAAAAUAAUUACUAUAGAAUAUAAUUAAUGGUUAAUAGAGACUUAGUAGGUGAAGAAAUAUUUAUAUGUAUUGUUAUAUUUCAUACUGUAUCGUCAUCAUCUUUUUUAUUAUUAUUAUUUUCACCACUAUGUUCAGCUGAUGUUAAUCAGUGAACACUGUGUUCAGCUCCACUCACCACUCACAUAAACACAAGUGUGGGGCAGAGGGGCAGAGGGGCAUAAGUGUUAGUAAUCUAGUACAUCAUGUAUAUAGUACAACGUGUAAUACAACAUGCUGUGUACAUUUCCUAAAAAGUCCCUCACUUACAUAUGAUGAAUUUAUACUUUAUUAAUCAGCAUGCUAAGAAAUGUCCUUCAGAGCAUAUUUUUCAUGGCUGGAAUUUCAUUGCCCUAUGAAGACCUCAGCAAAGCAUGACAAAAAUAAUUUGAAGGCUUUUUGGUCAUCCACUACAUCCUGAUUCAAUAAGCAAAUGAAGAUACUUAAAGGCCCACUCAGGCAUGAAGUGUUUAUUUGAGAGUCGCUAACUGAAUGUGUUUGACACUAAGGUUUAUUAGUUCUUUUGAUUGGUCGAGCUAACUUUCAACACAGCUGUUCUUCCUUGAAUAUGACUCUCCACAUAUUCAGGAACAGAUACAGAAGAAAAUCUCUUCUGUUAUUAUCUGUUUUUUUGGUUUAUGGUUAAAUGGAUUCAUUUGGCACAUAGUGGUAGCAGGGUUUAGAGUAGUAUAAAUCAUUCUAGUUCUGCUUGUGUUUUAUAAGACUGUAAUGUUGUUUUCUGUUAGUCGGGU